AUUAACGACGCAGCGGAGAACAACGUCGGGUAUAUGGGUCGAAGUCGACGGAACGAUUGGUUCGACGAAGAGUGCAGACAGAUUCUGGAGGAGAAGGACGCAGCGCGGGCGGUCGCGCUGCAGCAAGGUGUCGUAUUCCAGCCGAAAACGGCUGAAUGGAAUCCGCCGUUGAAGAGCGGUGCGACUGUUCGUUUUAAAAUUCGACAACAAACUACCGGUGCAAUCUUCGUCGUUGCUACUCAACCCGAUGGCGCUACCAACACCAUCUCACACUGUGGUGGCAGCAAUGCGCUAGCAUUGCCAUACCCCGCCGCGCAACCUCUCCCAGCCCCUCACAAGCUACCGAUUCAUUGGCACACGCUUAAAUGAAGCAAAGAUCGUCAGAAAAUUCAAUAUGUUGCUCUCCAUACUCUCAAAUACUCAAUCAUGCACAGAUUCUUUCACGAUAGAGAUCAAUCAAGUCUAAUGUAAAACUUGCCACAUUGUACGGUAAAUUGGGGCACGCGAAAUAUGUGAUUUCACGAUUGGUAUAUUUGAUUGCUUAUGUUUAAUGUACAAUCCGCAAUAGCAAAUUCAAUUCAUAGUCUAGAAUC